AGCAGUCUGGCCAAUAUACAUUGCAGAGGGACACUGCUGACACAUGAUGGCAUAAAUCACAAAUCAUGUUUGUGUGCUGGAUGAACAGGAAGAUGAGUCCUUGAUCAUAUAACUGACAUGGUUAGGUCCAGUGAUGGUGUCACCAGAGUAGAUAUGUGGACAAAGUUGGCGACAGGGUUUGUUGCAAGGGAAAUUGUUAACAUGUUAUUACCAAUUUGACCCAGCAGGUGGUGCUAAAACAAUGACAGGUCACAAUCUCCACUGUCCCAGGUAUUUUGUGCUUGGAGUUUGGCUUUCUGUUUGAAGACUGCAAUUCAUGUAAACGGAUGCAGAUUUUCCUCUCUGUUUAGAACAGACUGUGUGGUGGAGUGACUGAGAGUAACUGUUGUUUUGCAGUGCACACGUGGCCAUGUGAGAAUCUUGGUUUCCAACAGGGCGUGGUCUGGAGAGGGGCAGAGUGAAAAGUGUGCUCCAUAAAAGUAGUGAUUGCUGGAAUUCUGAAGGCACUGCAUACACACAGACCUCAUCAUGAGCUUCCAGAGCAUGGCUUAUUGUUUCUGCUUCUUUCACACAGGUUCACCAUGAAUCGACAGACAACUGACACAACAGCUGCUGCUCUCUAAAUAUUGCUGCUCUUGCUCUCAGCCUGCAGCAUGUGCGGUGGUGCACCAUCUCUGAGCAAGAGCUGGACAAGUGUAAUGACAUGAGCACAGCCUUCACUGAUGCCAACAUCCUUCCCCAAGUAUCGUGUGUCCGUGGUGGCUCGGCCAUUAACUGCGCCAAUAUGCUCAAGAAUAAUUUGGCAGAUGCUGUGACACUGGAUGGUGGUGCUAUUUAUCAAGCUGGUAAAGAACAUAAUCUGAAACCUGUGGUUGGAGAAGUCUACGAUCAAGAAAUUGGCAUUUCAUACUAUGCAGUGGCUGUUGUCAGAAAAAACUCCUUCAUUAGCAUCAACAGUUUGAAGGGCGUAAGGUCAUGCCACACAGGCAUCAACAGAACAGUUGGCUGGAAUGUUCCAAUUGGCUACCUCAUUGAUAGUGGCCGCAUGUCAAUGAUGGGAUGUGAUGUUCCAAAAGCUGUUAGUGAAUAUUUCAGUGCAAGCUGCGUUCCUGGGGCCAAUAUUGUAAGUUACCCCAAAUCCCUCUGUCAGCUUUGUCAAGGGGAUGCAUCUGGGCAGAACAAAUGUGAGAGCAAUUCAAAGGAGAAAUACUACGACUACAGCGGGGCUUUCAGGUGUUUGGCUGAAGGAGCUGGAGAUGUUGCUUUCGUGAAGCACAGCACAGUGUCUGAAAACACAGAUGGCCAGACUCCUUCCUCAUGGGCACAAGAGCUUCGCUCCAGGGACUUCCAGCUUCUCUGUCGUGAUGGCAGCACAGCUGAGAUUACAGACUGGAGGAAAUGCCACCUGGCCCGAGUCCCAGCUCACGCUGUUGUUGUCAGACCUGACACUGAUGGGUCACUCAUCUUCCAGAUGCUUAAGCAGGGGCAGCAAAGAUUUCAGAUGUUUGAUUCUGCGGCUUACAAUGCAAAGAACCUUCUCUUCAAAGACACCACCACAGACUUGGUUCCAAUCACAGAUCAGAGCUACCAGGCAUGGCUGGGUGAUGAGUAUAUGCAUGCAAUGCAAGGCUUGAGCUGCGAUCCUAGCAGGUUACCAGAAAGCCUGCGAUGGUGUGUUGUGCUCAGUGAGGAGACCUGGAAAUGUGGUGAAAUGGCUGUUGCCUUUAAAAAAAAGAACUUGAAACCAGAGAUCCAGUGUAUUUCAGCCAAGACAACACAACAGUGUAUGGAAAUGAUCCAGAGAAAAGAAAGUGAUGUUGUAAGUGUGGAUGGAGCUGAUAUUUACAUAGCUGGGAAGAUGUAUGGCCUUGUGCCAGCUGCUGGAGAAAGUUAUUCUGGUGAUGACAACAGCAACAUGUACUAUGCUGUGGCAUUAGUGAAACGGAACACUUCCAAUGCUUUCACCAUCAAUGACUUGAAAGGGAAAAAGUCUUGCCACACAGGAUAUGGGAGAAUGGCUGGAUGGAACAUCCCUAUUGGCAUUCUAAUUAAACGAGGUUUUAUUAGGCCCACAGACUGUAAUAUUCCUCAAGCUGUGAGUGACUUUUUCUCUGCUAGCUGUGUGCCUGCGGCCAAGAUGGCCAAUUACCCAACAAAACUCUGUGAGCUCUGUGUUGGAGAUAACAGUGGAAACCAUAAAUGUGAUGCAAGUACCCAGGAACGUUAUUAUAGCUACAGUGGAGCCUUCAGGUGUCUGGUGGAGGAUUCUGGUGAAGUGGCCUUUGUCAAGCACUCAACAGUUUUUGACAACACUGAUGGUAAUAGUGCUGAUUUCUGGGCUCUUCACUUGCAAUCCAGUGAUUUCCAGUUACUAUGUCCAAAUGGAGCCCGAGCUGAAGUCACUCAGUUUGCUCAUUGUCACUUGGCUCAGGUGCCUGCUCGGGUUAUCAUGGUCCACCCAGACACCAACAUUUUUGCAGUAUAUGGACUACUGGACAAAGCUCAGGAUUUCUUUGGAAAUGACAGCAAUGGAAAUGGAUUCAAAAUGUUUGAUUCUUCAGAUUUACUAGGAACAGACUUGAUCUUUAAAGAUUCCACUGUUAAGAUUGUACCAGUAAGAGAGAAAACAACCUAUGCAGAAUGGCUGGGGAGUGAAUACAUAGAGUCCAUCGAAGGGAUGCACUUACCUCAGUGCUCUGGGGCAGCUGCAGUAUCCAUGAACAUCGUUAUGCUACUGGUGGCUAGUGUCGUUCUGAUUAGAUUCUACUUCUCGUGAGCAUUAGGCCGUUCCUUGGAUUAACAGAUAUUCAUCAUCAUAAACUGAAAUACUGGUAAAUAAUAUAAAUAAACUGAAAUGAAACUUGUAAAAUGAAUGGGAGAAGCAUGUGGCGAGCAGUAAAAUUAUAGAGUCCAUUCUAUGUUGUUCUGUCUAUCCAUAAAGGUAAUGGGAAAUCUGGGAGGGGUCAGGAGGGAUUCCAUUUUCCAUUUUUGUAUUGUUCUCUAAAGACCUAAAUUUCAGUUGAUAUACUUAUCAAAUAGGAGCUUCAUUAAUAAGCUUCUUCCUUUCUAAAGUUUCCUUUUCUCUCCACCCCAUUACUUACUGUCUUGCUGUAAUGUAAAUGAGGAUAAAUUCAACUUAUUUAUUUCUCAUUUGGGAAAUGUGAAGUUUAGAUUAUUAGUAAAUCUGCUUCUUUUUUAAAACUAUUAUACCACUUGCUUUCCUUCUACUUUCAAAUGAUCUGCGAAAUGAUUUCUGUUCCUCAAGCCAUGAAGAGCUCCAUGCAACUCCUUCCAUAGGCAGUGUCCCUCCAGGCCACAGAGUGCUGAGUGGCUACUCUAUAGUGCUCCCAAGUACUGGCUGAAGAGCUUGAGUCCCAGCAUAGCAUUGUCAAGCACUGGGUUCACACAAGACAAAAAGCUUUUGAGUGCUUUUUAAACUUUUCUCAAUAUAACUUUUUAAAUUUUUUAGUGACAUGGAGCUUGACAUUCAAAAAAGUAUGUAACGAGUCCGCAUAAGAGAGUAUAUCAGGAACAGUAAUGGGCUGCUCAUUGGCAAGCUGAGUCACAGUAGGACACACACUGCUGCUAAGAUUAUAAUAAAAUUAUGACACUGGGUCAGAGCAGCAGUCCUUCUAGCCAAGUAUCCUGUCCUCCAACAGUGGCCUAUGCCAGAUGCGUCCGAGGGAAUAAACAGAACAGAGCAGCUAUGAAAUGAUCCAUCCCCUAUUGUCCACUCCCAGAAUCUGUAAGUGAAAGGUGUAGGAACAUGGGGUUGCAUCUCUGACCUUCAUAGCAAAUAGCCAUUGAUGGACUUAUCCUCCAUAAACUUAUCUAAUUCUUUCUUGAAUCCUGUUAGCCUGGGCUUCACAACAUCCCCUGGCACCAAUUUUCACAGCUUGACUGUGUAUUGUGUGAAGUACUGCCUUUUGUUUAUUUUAAAACUGCUGCCUAUUAAUUUCAUUGGGUGACUCCCUGCUUUUGUGGUUUGCAUGUCUUUGUAUACAAGACAUCUGUAGUACAACUGGAAUAUAAAUGUGUACUUGUGUAACUAAUAUUUAGUUGUUAGGUCAGUGUGCCUGCUUCUUUAGGGAUCCCCUGUUUUGGAACUAAUAAAGAAUGUUAUUAAACACUCAUCAAAGAGGAAAAUUUGGUAAGGAUGCCUCCAUUUCAUUCUGCACUGAUGGUGUUUGUAUGGGAAAUGAAUAUUGGCUCAGAAUGUUUUGCUGGUUCCCCCUUUGCUUGUGGAUAAUCCUUUUAAGAUCUCUGGGUACAUUUGUAGAUUGUCACUCCGUUUUCUAUGGCCAUUCUUCCCCAGCUUCUUCAAGUCACACCUAAAACCAUUGGUUUUGCUGCAUCUUCGAGAUGCGCUAGAAAGUAGGGACUUUACUAUUGACACCAGUUGAUAAAUAAGGAGAAAAGUGGCCCAGAGAUGCUUGAGAAUACAGUUAAGUUUCAUAUUUGGGGAAAUAUAAUACUAUUAUUCUUGUUGGAAAAAGAAAGAACUGCAUUAGACGUGCCUGGGCAAGGAGUCACUCUGACUAAAUCAUAGACCCCAGUAGGGAAGAGCUCCUGGACAGACCUAACCGAAAAGAGAAAUUUCUGUCUUCCAUGAAGAGCCUUUCUCUGAUGAGUACUCUGUUAAGCGUUCAAUAUACUGUUGAUCCUAUUGUGAAGGUUCAGGACAAAGGUAGUCUCAAAAGAGCAGAUGGCUUGAAGGCAGCAAUCAGAGCUGAAGCAGAUGGUGGUGCUGAGAAACCUGGACUUUGGUGCAGGGCUUCAUACCCAGCAAUCAAUGCUGAAAUAACUUGACCUUAGUUGUUUGUUAGAGGCCCCUGAAGAACACUAGGCAGCACUUCCCCCUCAGCCUAGAGACUGAAACCUGGUCAACACUAGGGCUAUGUCUACACUCGCGGCUUCUUGCGCAAGUAAUAUGCAAAUGAGGCUAAGCGUGGAAUAUCGCCGAGCCUCACUGGCAUACCUAAUGAGGCCCCAUUUUUUUCAGAAGAGGCUCUUGCACAAGAAGGAGCGUCUAC